AUGGGCAGUGAGAUUGAAGCGUCGAAGAUACUGACAAAUUUUGUCAAAUUGGCAAAUACGCCAGAAAUUAAAUACACCGUUUUCACACCACAAAGUGGACAGGACCAAUCCAUAUUGAAUGCUGAGAUUGCACUACGGAAGAACAAUCCAAAGAUUUUAGCAGUGUUGUUUUCAAAAGAACUUUGGACUUUUAGUAUAACCACCCAAGAUCCACCAUCUCCAGAUGAGAAAUUUGGGCUCAAUUCUUCACAAACUAAAACUUUCCUUUCAUCAAGUAUCUAUGGAUCAUCUGAAAAGAAUCCAUCAUCAUUAUUACCAUUGACAUAUGUGACUUUUUUGAAAGCAUUGAGAAAAUUGCUAAUUGUUAAUCUUUCAUAUAGAGGUGAAAUAAUACCCUUUGGUAAUGCAGGUAUUUUACCAGAUUAUAAACUACUUCAAUUGGAACCAAAAUUAGCAGAUUGUGGUGAUUUGUUACUAUCAAUAACUUCAAGAAAUCAUAAUUUCAUAAGGUUGAGUGAAAUUUCAGAUAUCAACAGUACUACUAAAAAAAUUGAUGAAGAAUAUGCAACUUAUCUAGCUCCAUCUGGUAUACGAGCUUAUUUGGCUAAUGGAAACAUCAAAGAUUCAAUAACUACCAACCCAAGUAAUCAGGAUAGUAUACUUGAUACACUAUUUGCACUUCAUAGUAUCAAAUUGGAUCCUGGUUCUAUAACAUGGAUAAAAAUGAUUCCUAAUUUAGGACAUUUAAAUGCAAUCACUUCACAAAUUUCAGAUUAUUUGAAACCAGUUGCAAAUAGUAAAUAUUUGGUAUGGCCUUUAGAAUUAUGUUUUUCACAAAAAUCAAAUCAACUUUCAAAUCAUACAAAAGAUAGAUUAUCACAAUUAAAUCAAGAUCCAUUUUCAUUAAUUGAUGAUUUUGCAAACCUUCGAGCAACUUCAAAUGUUAAAACACCUUCAAAUAUCCCAACUGCAAAUAAUACACCAGUAAAUCAUACUGAAAGUCCAGCAACAACUUCAGAUGCAUUUAACCUACAAAGGGCACAAUCAGAUGAAUUGAAACUCCAAAAAAGUACAUCGCCUCCACAAGCACAUCAACAACAACAACAACAAUCACAAUCAGCAGAUAUAAAUGAUUCAACUAAUGAAGGUCAACAAGAUAACUGGAGUGAUUUAGAUGAUGAUCUUUUUGGUGAUGGUGACGGUGAUGGUGUUACAGAUGCAGAUUUCAAUUUCUUUGAUAAUGACGGUGAAGAAGAUCCAUUAGCUGAUGAUAAACUGGAACAAGAAUUGGAUCAAGUCUUGGAAGAAACAAAUAAUGGAUUAGAUAUUGAUAGUGAUGAAGGUGAAUUGGAUAAAAAAGAUGAACACAUCACAUCUGAAGAUCCAGAAAUAUUAGAAAACAAAUUUGAUAUACCCAUUGAAGAAAUGACAUUACCAACUUCACCAUUGUAUACAGAUCCUGGUGCUCCAGAACCUGUUCAAUCUCCAAAGGCUGCAAGAAAAAGAAGUAUUUUUUCGCCAUUAAAUUUCAAUCCAAUAAUAAGGUCAAGUGUUGAUAAUAAAUAUGCCACUGGUGGUAAAUUUUUCGUAUCAAAUGUUGAAACCCCAAAAGGUGAAGAUGGAACACCUCCAAUAAUACCAAGUAAUGCAAUUGAUGAUGAUGAUGACGAAGACGAAGAUGAUGAUGAUGACGAAGACGAAGAUGAUGACGAUGUUGAGGAAGAUGAAGAUGAAGAAAGUGAAGAUGAUGAUAAAAUGGAAGAUGAUUCAUCUGUAACCUUAAAGCAUAGUAUUGAUGAAGAUGGUAAUCAACUACUCGAUACUGGUACAAACAAUACUAGCUCAAUGGUUUCACCAGGUGAUGGAAUCCCAUUGAUAAAAGAUUCGAAAUUAAACUCUGCAGAACCAGAAUUUAAAAAACUAAAAUUAGAAUCAACACCAGUCAUAUCACUAGAUGAUAAUGAUCCUUCAAAAGACAAUAGAAUACCAUCACCAGGUGUCGGUGGUGUUAAUGGAUCACCGAAUUGCAUUCCAUUCCUGCUUCGUGCCAUUCCAUUACAUUCAAUCCCAUCAAAAUUUUAUUCAGAUUCACCAAAGAUUCGAAGAGAAGAAAUUUCAAAACUCAUUGAUACGUUAUUAAAUCAAAUUGUUUGGGAUAAUAAUAGUUUAAUUGAAUCUAUACCCAAAAUUGAAACUAAUAAUGAAGAAUUUCCUCAAAGUAUUCAUAGAGCAUUAGCACAAACUUUCCCUGAUAUUCAUGAGGCAAAUUUAGCUGAAUUAUCUGGUAUUAACGAAGCUCAAUUGAAGGAUUAUAAUCACCAUCAUCAUGAAUCAAAUUUACAGGCUGAAUCACCUUUAUCUUCUUUCAAAAAUCCAGAAUAUGUCCUAAGUUCAACAACACCUGGUAAUGAUUCAUUGGAUUUCCCUGCUUCUCCAGCUUUAACCAAAGAUAAUGAAACUAAAUUGAUUGAUGAUAAAAUAUUUUUUCAAAUACCUGAGCCUAAAUUAAAUGUUAAACGUUUAAAUCAAAUUAUCAAAACCAAUUCAAGUGCUUUAUUUUUAUGGAACUCGAUGAGUUUUUCACCUCCAUCAAUACAAAAAGAUUUUAGAACUUUAAUAUUAUCACCCAAUACAAUAAUGAAUGAAUCAUUAACAUUUAUAAAUGACAUUGGUGAAAUUUAUGAAAAAUCACAAUUGGGUCAUGUUGAAAGAAUAAAUUUUGGGAUUUUUAAUAAUAGUGUUGUUUCAGUUGAUUAUAAUGAUGAUAAAUUUGAAGAAAAUGCAAUUAGUAUAUCAAAAUCAUUAAAUGAACAGUGGGUAAAAGGUUCAAACUAUAAAAAUGUUGUUAUAUUCCUUAUUGAUUUCAAACAGGAUUUGAAUUCAGUUAUAAAUUUAUGUAAAAUAUUCCAAAGCAUGAAGGAAAAAAUGUUAUCAUUACCAAAUAAUAGAUCAUUACCAAUCAAUGUUAUACUGAAAAUCAUACCAAGUCAUUAUAUUUCUGAAGGUGGUGCAUUUUCAAUAUUAUCAAUUAAUAAGUUGACAAAACUUAGUCUUUUAUUAUAUAAUUCCGUUGGUGAUCAAAAUGAAACUUUUACAUCAAUCAGUAAACAAUUACCAUCCAAAAUCAGUUUCCAACUUACAAAAGAUCAAGUAUCUGAUAAGAUUCUAAGUCAAGAUACGUUCAUACAUUUGGCAUAUGGUAGAUCUAUUGAUAAAGAAUGGUGUGCAGCUGCAUGGACAGAUCAAGUUGGUGGAUUAAGGAAAACUAAAGCAUGGCAUUCACCAAGUACAGUUAAAAAUUCAUUGGAAACAGUUACAAAUGAAAUUUGGGAUAUUACUGUUAAGUUAUCACGAAAAAUGGCUGGGAAAAAAUACUUAGUUUUAACAAGAAUUGAUGGUAUGAUUCCUGAUGAUGAAUUAUUACAAUGGAAAAGAUUAUCAUCAAGUUUUAGAGAAUUAUCACUGAUUGUUGUUUCUGUUAAUGAAGAUUCACAAUUAUUAUUAUCAUUAUAUGAUCCAUCUUAUCCAUUUGAUAAAUUGUUUAGUCAAGAACCAUCAUUUGCACAAGCUGGUUCUGUUAAAUUGGAAGCUGCUAAUACCGUGGGGUCAUCAACUGGAUUAACACCAUCUACAAUUUUCACUCCACAAGCUGUUAAUAGUCCAGACUUAUUUACUUUAUCUUCAAGACCGGCAACUCAAGAUUCUCCAUCAGAUUUCAGGAUUAAUCCGGAUGAUUCAAAUACAGUUGUUAAUAUUGCUGAUAAAUUUCAUGCUUUAAUUUUGAACAAUCCAAAUACAUUAGCAAACUCACCAACAAGAUUAAGUAUCAAGACUGGAUUCUUGAUUAAACCAUUACCAAAUAGUGAAAAUAAACUUGCAUCUUUUGAAGUCAAUGUAUUAAGUUGUCCUGGAACUUUAUCAAUUUCUGAAUUCAUGGAAGAUUUAUUAACUCAAUAUAGAAAUCUUGCCACUAUUGGUGAAUUAUUUGGUGUUGUUGGUUCUGAAAAAUCAUGGAUUCCAUGGCAUAUAGCCGCUGUUGAGAAAAGUUUAGGUUGUUUAUUACAUAUUUGUGUUGAGAAAGAAUAA